ACAUGCAGCACCUUGAUUCAUAAAGAAAUCUAAAGCCUUGUGUUGAAAAUAAAUCAGUAAAUGUACUGAUUUGAUUUCAGCUUUAUUUGAGAAGCGGAAGCGCGUCUGUUUGAACGAUAUGUCUUUGGUUUGUGCUAUUUCAAACGAAGUGCCGGAGCACCCCUGUGUGUCCCCUGUUUCCAACCAAGUGUUUGAGAGGCGUCUGAUUGAGAAAUACAUAGCGGAGAAUGGAGCUGACCCCAUCAAUGGACAGCCCCUGUCUGAGGAGCAGCUCAUUGAUAUCAAGGUGUCUCAUCCCAUUCGACCGAAGGCUCCCUCUGCCACAAGUAUUCCUGCUAUCCUCAAGUCUCUACAGGAUGAGUGGGACGCCGUGAUGCUGCACAGUUUUACACUGAGGCAGCAGUUGCAGACAACACGACAAGAGCUUUCUCAUGCUCUCUACCAGCAUGAUGCAGCCUGCAGAGUCAUUGCUCGUCUUACAAAAGAGGUCACUGCUGCCAGAGAAGCUUUGGCUACCCUCAAACCCCAGGCUGGACUGGUCGCUCCACAGGCCGCUCCUGCUUCUCAGCCCGCUGCUGUGGGUGCUGGUGGUGAGGCCAUGGAGGUCAGUGAACAGGUUGGAAUGACUCCGGAGAUCAUACAGAAGCUUCAAGACAAGGCCACUGUUCUGACCACCGAGAGAAAGAAGAGAGGAAAGACCGUGCCAGAAGAGCUGGUCAGAGCAGAAGAUCUCAGCAAGUAUCGCCAAGUGGGAUCCCAUGCUGGUCUUCACAGUGCCAGUGUACCAGGAAUCCUCUCUCUGGAUCUCUGCCCAACAGACACCAACAAAGUCCUCACCGGUGGUGCGGAUAAGAACGUGGUGGUGUUUGACCGUCGUGAGGAGCAGAUUGUUGCCACCCUCAAAGGACACACCAAAAAGGUCUCAUCUGUCAUCUACCACCCUGCUCAGGCGGUGGUGUUCUCAGCAUCUUCAGACAGCACUAUUAGAGUGUGGUCCGUUACUGGAGGCAACUGUGUGCAAGUGGUCAGGGCCCAUGAGUCUGCUGUUACUGGCCUCUCUCUGCACGCUACUGGGGACUAUUUACUGAGCUCAUCUGAGGACCAGUACUGGGCCUUCUCCGAUAUCCAAACUGGACGUGUCCUGACCAAAGUCACUGAUGAGACUGCUGGAUGUGCUUUAACCUGUGCACAGUUCCAUCCUGAUGGUCUGAUUUUCGGCACUGGUACGGGCGAUUCUCAGAUUAAGAUCUGGGAUCUUAAGGAACGAACCAAUGUAGCCAACUUCCCUGGACAUUCAGGUCCAGUCACGGCCAUUGCCUUCUCUGAGAAUGGAUACUAUCUAGCCACUGGUGCUCAGGACAGUUCACUGAAGCUGUGGGAUCUGAGGAAGCUGAAGAACUUCAAGACAAUCACUCUGGACAACAAUUACGAGGUCAAGUCCCUGGUGUUUGAUCAGAGUGGAACAUAUCUAGCUGUGGGAGGGUCAGACAUCAGAGUUUAUAUCUGCAAACAGUGGUCCGAGGUCCUCAACUUCUCCGAUCAUUCUGGUCUGGUGACUGGUGUGGCUUUUGGUGAACAUGCUCAGUUCCUGGCUUCCACAGGCAUGGACAGAAGUCUCAAGUUCUACAGCCUGUAACAGAAACAAUACUCCCACAACAAAUACAUCUCUCUGUACGUGUGCAUGUGUAUACAUAGAUAUGCAUUCACUAUCAUAAACAUGGUUGUAGUGAUUAAUUCAGAAACAUUCAGUACACCUUGACUUUGUCACCAGUAAAUUCAUCUUUUUGUCAAUUAUUGCUUUAAAACAAAUUUUGGCAAUAAGGGUUAAUGUCAGUUGUUUUUUCGUCUACCUUUUAAUCUUUUGAUUGUAGGCUGGCAAACUUUGUUAGUGUCCCAUGACUUCUCUCUUUUUUUAUCCUUCUGUGGACUAUCAUCAAAUGUGAAAUAGAUUCCAAUAAAGUUUAAAUUUGUUUUUAA